ACACACGUAUACUGAGUACGUAAAGACCCAAGAGAGAAAUCCAUCAUCUAAUCAGCAAUGGCGGGAGAGAAGAAUGACGGCCUGGUGCUGCUGGACUUCUGGGUGAGUCCGUUCGGGAUGCGCUGCCGCAUCGCGCUUGCCGAGAAAGGCCUCCCGUACAAGCACGUGGAAGAAGACCUCUUCGGCGGCAAGAGCGACCUUCUCCUCCGCUCCAACCCCGUCCACAAGAAGAUCCCCGUCCUCCUCCACGACGGCAAGCCCGUCAACGAGUCCCUCGUCAUCCUCCAGUACCUGGACGAGGCGUUCCCGGAGACCCCGUCUUUGCUCCCCGCUGACCCCCACGCGCGCGCGCACGCCAGGUUCUGGGCCGACUACAUCGACAAGAAGUUGUUCGAGUGCGGCACCAGGAUCUGGAAGCUCAAGGGCGAGCCAUUGAUGCAGGCGCGGGCGGAGAUGCUGGAGAUCCUCAAGACUCUGGAGGCGGAGCUCGGCGAGAAGGAGUUCUUUGGCGGAGAGCACGGGUUCGGGUUUGUCGACGCCGCGUUCGCGCCGGCAACGGCUUGGUUCCAGACCUUCGAGAGUUAUGGGGAAUUCAGCGUGGCGGAGGUGGCGCCAAGGCUAGCGGCGUGGGCGGCGCGCUGCGGGGAGAGGGAGAGCGUUGCCAGGAGCCUCUACUCGCCGGACAAGGUGUAUGACUUCAUCGGCGGGCUUAGGAAGAAGUUGGGCGUCGAGUGAGAAGGAGCCAGAGGGAAGGAAUAAAAUUAUUGUUUUGAAUUUGAGGGUUCUUUUUUUUACAUUGUGUGUACUCUAGUAAUAGUACGUUGUUUGGUUUUGCGGUUACAUCGUCUUGUGUGAAAAGUUUGUAUUCCGUGUUGCUGA